AUGAAAUCGGAGCUAGCCAUUAACGAGAGAGUCGAACCGCAAGUUCCGGUCAAAGGGUCGAAACCCGAUACGCGUUUAAACGCGGCAUUAAGGAAGGCCCGAAGAAGGGAAGACACACAAUUUAUGCGCCUUCUGGCCAAGACUAAUCCGACCGAGAUCCGAGAAAAGGCGAGUUUGCGAAACGGAAGCCAGGAAGAGUAA